CUCCUGACCCCAAGUGCCAGCCAUUCAAGUCAGAGAUCUUCACUAACUGUAAUAAUGGAAUAUAGCAGCAUUGCUAUUCGGCGUCCUGCAAUAUUGCAAAGCAGUGGGAUCCACUAUGCAGCCUGUCCCUCAACUCAGGAGCACAGUGCCAGGGUAAUUGCUCUCAUUACUGCCUUCCCCAGCCCUUGUGCUGAUGGUCACAGAGCACUGCAUCACUUGUGCUUGCUUCAUGCUUGGAAGACUCUCUGCCCAAGUUUGAAGAUAGCCUCAAACAAUAGCUGAGACAGAAGUGGAAAUUGCCUGUUCAUCUCUACAGGGUGCUGAGCCUGAAACUUCCUGAUAAUUGAAAGUGCUAGCACCGCUCAAGUAUUUCACAGCUGGAUGUUUACAAAAAUGAUCAGCGAGCGAGCUUAUCCCGCAAACCCCGACUGCCGCAGGGGCCAGCGCUCCCAGCUGUCCUUUCUUCGCUUCCCAAACAUCUCACACAGCUAGAGAUUUUCAAUACCAAGUCCUGCAGCACAUUCCAUGCCAUUAAUCAUCUUCCAAUGCUGAUGGAAAUCAGAGGGUAUCAAGCUGAUCUGUAUUUUUCCCUUUCAGGAGGCACACAGCAGUACUGAACUCCAUGCCGCAACAGAUUGCUGAGACGGGCGACAGCGCAGAAAUGACAUAAAACAUGACAAAGCACGCUGUCCUUGACAGGCAAGCAGGGGAAGAAAAAAUAAAAAACCCAACAAAUUUCUACCUCUGGUUCAGAAACAGUUGUGAAGCAAGGCAAGAAGCUGGCGUAAUACAGCCAGGAACACUUAACAGGGCUCAAAGCUCUGUCAAGCUCAGAGCCCGCAGAAGCGGGCAGGGUGUCCUGACGGCCAGAGUCACCGUGCGCCCAACCUUGCGGCAAGUGCCCGUGGCUGCUCGCCGGCAGCCGCAGGUCCGGCAGCCCGGCCGGGCGGGAGCAGAGUUAACUCCGGGGCCGCGCAGCCCUGCGCGCUCGCUGCCAUUGGGCAGCCGCGGCGUCCAUCAGCCCGAGGAAGUGACUGCACGAGGAAGGCUUGAGGAAGGGCUCUCCGCAGGCAGCACCGCGGACACACACGGAAGGAGAGGGGGGAAAAGAGCGGAGGGACGCACGCUCCUUUCAUCAGUGAGAAAAAACCACCAGAAUCUGUAAAAUAAAUCCUCCACGGAGAAACCCGCGAGGGAGGGGAGCAGGCUCUCAGCCCGAGGAAGAGGAGGAAGGAAACAGACCCUGACACACUCAGCAGGACAAUGAAGUCGUACCAGAAGCUGACGACAGCACAGCCAGCAGCAUGCCAGCUGGAAGAGGAGGGGGCUGCCCCGCUGCCCUCCGGCCAUGGGAAGCUGGCCCCGUGGUGGGUGGGCAGCGGGCUGCUGGUGGCCUCUGUUCUGCUGAGCACCAUCACUGUCUGGGUGCUACGGCAAGUGUCGGGGGGCUGGCUGGGACCCACAGCACCCCCAAAAUGCCUCGUGGUACCUGAGAGCCAUCGCUUUGACUGCUACCCAGAGCGGCGCGUGGUGGUGACCCAGGAGCUCUGCGAAAGCCGAGGGUGCUGCUUCAUCCAGAGUCCCCCCCUGGCAGAGGGCAAGCAGGGGGUGCCCUGGUGCUUCUAUCCCCCUGACUUCCCCAGCUACACCCUGGAGAGCCUCAACCAGACAGCGCUGGGCAUGGUGGGGCUGCUGGUGCGGAGGGAGAAGGCCUAUUACCCCCGGGACAUCGAGAGGCUGAGGCUGGAUGUGGAGUUUGAGACGGACACGCGGCUGCACAUCAAGAUAACAGAUGCAACCAACCCACGCUAUGAGGUUCCCCUUGAUGUUCCCCGGGUGAUGAAGAGAGCAGAAAACCCCAUCUACAAUUUGAACUUCACCUGGGACCCCUUUGGGGUGCUGCUGCAGCGCAAGGCAACAGGCACAGUGCUGCUAAACACCACCGUGGCCCCCUUGAUCUUUGCUGACCAGUUUCUCCAGAUAUCCACACUACUCCCAUCCAAAUUCCUCUAUGGGCUGGGGGAGCACCGUGGCAGCCUCCUGCACAGCCUGUACUGGAACACCCUCACACUGUGGGCCCGUGACGUCUCUCCCACGGAAUCCUUCAACCUGUACGGCGCCCACCCCUUCUACCUGGUGAUGGAGGAGGGUGGAAAUGCUCAUGGUGUUUUCCUUCUCAACAGCAAUGCCAUGGAGGUGGCUCUGCAGCCUGCUCCAGGCCUGACCUGGAGGACCAUUGGAGGGGUGCUGGAUUUUUACAUCUUCCUGGGGCCCGAUCCCAACAUGGUCAUCCAGCAGUACCAGCAGGUGAUAGGUUUCCCAGCCAUGCCACCCAUCUGGGCACUUGGUUUCCACCUCUGCCGCUGGGGCUACGGAUCCAGCAAUGGGACCUGGCAGACUGUGAGAGCCAUGAGGAACUACCAGAUCCCCCAGGAUGGGCAGUGGAAUGACAUCGAUUACAUGGAUGGGUACCGGGACUUCACCUUGGAUUCCCAGAAGUUUGCCUCCCUGCCCUCCCUGGUGGAAGACCUCCACAAACACGGGCAGCGCUACGUUAUGAUCUUGGAUCCUGGCAUCAGCAGCACCAGCCCCCAAGGCUCCUACUGGCCUUUUGAUGAAGGCUUGAGACGGGGCUUGUUCCUCAACACCACCCAAGGGCAGCCACUCAUCGGGCAGGUCUGGCCUGGUUUCACUGCCUUUGCAGACUUCUCCAACCCAGACACACACCAGUGGUGGCUGGAGAACCUGCAGCACUUCCAUGCCCACGUGCCCUUUGACGGCCUCUGGAUCGACAUGAAUGAGCCAUCCAACUUCAUGGAUGGGUCUGAAGAUGGCUGCCCCCCAGGAGAGUUGGACAACCCACCCUACACUCCAGCCGUGCUGGGCGAUUCCCUCUCUGCAAAGACGGUGUGUGCCUCAGCAAAGCAGAAAGUCUCAGUGCACUACAACCUCCACAACCUCUAUGGGCUGAUGGAAGCCAAAGCCACAGCAAGCGCCUUGAUCAAGAUCCGGGGGAAGCGCCCCUUCGUCAUCUCCCGCUCCACCUUCCCCAGCCAGGGCCGCUACUCGGGGCACUGGCUGGGUGACAACCGGAGCCAGUGGAAGGACAUGCGUUACUCAAUCCCAGGGCUGCUGAGCUUCAGCCUCUUUGGCAUCCCUCUGGUCGGGGCAGACAUCUGCGGCUUCUCGGGCAGCACCUCGGAGGAGCUGUGCACCCGCUGGAUGCAGCUCGGUGCCUUCUACCCCUUCACCCGCAACCACAACACCCAGAACGAGAAGGCCCAGGACCCAACAGUGUUCAGCCCUGCAGCCAGGACAGCCAUGAAGGAUGUGCUGCUGACUCGCUAUUCCCUCCUGCCCUUCCUCUACACCCUUUUCCACCGUGCCCACCUGCAGGGGGACACCGUGGCCCGACCCUUGUUCUUUGAAUUCCCUUGGGAUGAGGCCACGUGGGAGCUGGACAGGCAGUUCCUGUGGGGCCGGAGCUUGCUGGUAACACCAGUGCUGGAGCCAGGGGUGGACUCAGUCACAGGUUAUGUCCCCCAGGGCACGUGGUACGACUUCUACACGGGCUCCUCAGUGAACAGCAGUGGGGAGAUGUUGAAGAUGUCAGCGCCUCUGGAGCACCUCAACCUGCACAUCCGGGAAGGUUCCAUCCUGCCCACCCAGAAACCAGGAACCACCACAGAGGCGACCCGAGGGAACCCCCUGCGUCUCAUCGUGGCCUUGUCCUCACAUGCCACAGCCUGGGGUGACCUUUUUUGGGAUGAUGGCGAGAGCCUGGACACCUUUGAGAAGGGCAACUACUCCUACGUGGUGUUCAAUGUCACACAGAACAUCUUCACCUCUACCGUCCUCCAUGCCAGCACUGAGGCCACCAAGGUCACUGUUGGCACACUGAGCAUCUUUGGGGUGCAGAAGCCGCCCAGCAAGGUCCUCCUGAAUGGCCAGGAGAAGCCCUUUUCCUACCUGGACAACCAGGUUCUCAACGUGAGUGACCUUGGUAUGAGCCUCAGCCAGGGCUUCUCCGUGCAGUGGCUGUGAGCAGGGGGCUGUGGGAUCACCCCACCUCGCCAGGACACCCUGCUGGGAGAUGGUGCCAUGGAGGAGGCACUGGGGACUGUCACCUGCUGCUUCUCAUCCCUCUCCAGCACAGCUGGGGACAGGGGGUGUGGGAUGGGGGCUUGGCUGCAGGGUGCUUGCUGCAUGGUCCUGCGUGGGUGGAGGUGUGGGUACCUGCUGUCCCCACUGCAAUAAAGGCAUGUGGAGAACUUG